AUGAGUAGAUUCUUCAAAUCUGAACCUAGUAAGGGGAUUACCAGACGAUUCAGCGAUGAUGUCGUGGCUUCCACGCCAGAAGAACCCCUUGGCCGAGCACUGGCAGCCAAAGUGGCGUUUGACAGAAAUCGAGAACGACUGAACCCGUUGCGAGACGAAUGGGCACAGCUUCUGUUAGAGGGACGAGAACUGGCGAAUGCUUGUGUUCCAGACGAAGAAGUCGUUCUCAUUGAACAGAGUCGUAGGCUGUAUGCGGCAUGGGAUAAAUUUCGAUGUGACCUCCCUCAGGGCCAGCAGAUUCAGCUUGAGCCAAACGAUCGACCAGAAGUCAAUUAUCUGUUCGCAACUGUCACUAAAGCCUCGGCAACAUGGCAGUUCGAUCGUGAUGAAAGCAAGCUGGGCAAACUCAAAUCCAAAUUCCACAGCAUUUGUCAGACUUGCCACGACCAUAGCUCACUGCUCGCCAUAGUUCCCAGGGAUGACAAGUAUGUCACUCUACUGACCGGGUCCAUCUCAGUUAUCGUUCAAGCGACCAUCAACCACCAGAAGAUCGCAGAAGGAGUGGCUGAUACGCUCCUCGAUCUGAGCCAUGAUAUUGAUUUCUGGAACCGUCAAAUGAUGGAGCAUGGAAAUAUUCCAUCACUUCGGCAGUACAUUCAGGAACUUUACGUCAUUGUCUUUGAGUUCUUCACCGAGGUCUUCAACAAUUGGUCCAAGUCUGGCUGGAAACGUUUCCUCACCAGUUUUGAUGAUGGUGCAUUUAACAGGCUCUUCACUGCGAAAAAGAACGAAUGUCAGUUAUUGAACGCCGUAUGGAACGCCACGUCAGCCUUGACUUUCGACACCGAACCACUGAGAGUUUAG